AUGCCUGAUGAAAAUCAAACUUCACAAAAUCAUAUGACGGCUGAUCAAACAUUAUUAGCUAGAGCCCGUAAAGCUCGAUUCGACGACUUACCGAAUUAUUCAGGACAUCCUUCGGAGGAUGUCGAACGAUUUCUGAAAACUAUUAAAACCAUUACAAAGGCAAACAAUGAGAACGAGAAUCGGGAGAUACUCGAAAUUGUCCGUGGAAAAUUAACCAAAUCGGCGAGAAUAUGGUUCGACAAUAAUGAACAUACGUUCAAUAAAUGGUCAGAUUUCGAAAGUGCAUUUCGAAAUCGAUAUUUCUCAACAACAGCAAUUCAUAAAAAGUUUGAUAAAUUAAAACAACGAAAACAACUAUUUGAUGAACCAGUUACAACAUAUAUCGAUGAUAUUCUUAAUUUAUGCAAGGAAGUAGAUCCAACAAUGUCCGAUUCAAUCAUUAUACAACAUUUAAUGAGUGGACUAAACCCCAAUCUUCGUAUGGAAUUAUGUCGACACGAUUCAUGCAUCCAUACAUUACACGAGUUUAUGAAAUAUGCCAAAAUUGAACAAGAUUUAUACGACACAUUUGGAAAAUCUCGUACAUUAUCACCUGAAUUAGCACAACGACCGUGUUACGAAUUGGAUAAUACAACAACUCCUCAAGUAACUACUAUGAUUCGACAACCAAGACAACAAGAUAAAGAUAUAAAACAGGAUGGUCGUCAUACACAUGCCAUGCCUGCACGGAGCUCCGUCGUUCAACGGAACUCGAAUUACCAAAUGAGAAAUACGACAACAACAUCGGACAAUCGAAUUCAAAAUAAUCCACGACGACACACAUAUUACAACAAAUCAACAAAUAAUCAAGUAUCAUAUCAACAUGGAAUUAAUAAUUGCAAGAUUUGUGGUCGAACAAACCACUCAACAUUUAAUUGUUUUUAUAAAUGUACAACCGGAUGUUUUAAAUGUGAUCAAAACCAUCAUAUUCGUGAUUGUACGAUGCCUCAAAAUUUUCAAUAA